AUGUCCAAACCGACCACCAACAAAUACCCUCGAGUGCUACUGUUCGACAUUGGCGGUGUCUGCGUUGUAUCUCCAUUUCAGGCGAUCCUCGACUACGAGAAGAGCAAAGACAUUCCUCAAGGCUACAUCAACUACUGCAUCUCAGCGACCAACCCGAACGGAGCGUGGCAGAAGCUCGAGCGCGGGGACAUUCUCCUGGACGAUGGCUUCUUCAAAGAGUGGAAGUCUGAUCUGAGCAAUGAGAAGCGCUGGCGCGAAUACUACGCGAAGCACCUCGCCAAAACUCGCAACCAAUCAGCCUCCGCCGGCGCUGAGGAGGCAGCUUUCCAAGCUCCCGAUGUACCCGAUCUCGAUGUCGAAUGGCUAUACUGGGAGAUGAUGCGAAUCGCUCGCGAGCCCGAUCAGUACAUGUGGCCGGCGCUGCAGCGAUUGCGAGCGGCAGCGGAUAAGAGCAAUGGACAAUUGAUAUUGGGAGCAUUGAGCAACACGAGCAUCUUUCCACCGGGUCAUGCUUUCAAUGAUGAAAGCACACCCGAGGGCAAGCAGAACAAGGAGUUGAAGAGUGUAUUUGACAUCUUCGUCAGCAGCGCUCAUGUUGGCAUGAGGAAGCCAGCGGAGGACAUCUACAAAUAUGCCAUCACACGAUUACAUGAGAUGGUGAAGCUGAAGGGCUACGGCAUGGGUGUCAGGCCGCAGGAUAUAACAUUUUUGGACGAUAUAGGCGGCAAUUUGCGGACGGCUAAGAAGUUGGGAAUGGGCACGAUCAAGGUGCAGCUGGGACGGGCAGACUUGGCUGUGAAGGAGCUGGAGAAGCUCACUGGACUCGAUUUGGGGCUCAAGGAGAGCAAGUCGAAGCUGUGA